CGGCGGAAGGCGGGAGCGGUUCCGGGGCGGGCGGCGCAGGAGCCGUGGCCAUGGUGCGGCGGCAGAAGGCGAAGGCGAUGGCUGCGGGCAAGCGCCGGGCUCCCGCCGCGCUCCCCAGCCCGGCCRCCUCCUCGGAGGACGAGGCGGACGAGGCCCCGGAGGAGGUGUCCUUCGGCGUGGCGAGGGAGGCGGCCUGGGCCGAACGGAAGCUCGUGGGGGASGCGGCCCGGAGGCACCGGGAYUUGCUGAAGGAGAAGCGCCGGCGGCACCAGGAGCUGUUCGCGGAGCAGAAGAAACGCAAGCUGCUGCCCGAGGCCGUGCUGCAGGAGCUGCAGGAUGUGUCCMCACGGCCCGCCGAGCAGGCUGCAGCAGAUGACCCAGUUACUCUGGGUGAAGAACUUGAUGGUGARGCUGCACAGCUGGAACAAGGCCAAGCUGAAGUGCAGAAGAAAGGCAAGAGGAGCAAGGGUGCCAGGACRAAAGGAAACUAUGCUGCUGUGUGCCUUAAAGACCAGAGUUUAACAGGCCUCCACCAACAGCUCGCCAAAGACUUUCUAAAUGCUCAGCUCUAUGGGCCACACACCAAUCGGGUACAGGCAAAUGAUUUUUUUUCCAUUGCAAACAAGAAAGACCCAGUCAAAAAAGCCGCAGUUCAGUUUGUGGACAAGUCUUGGGGACAAGAUAAAAAGGAAAAAGCAGCAAGGUUUAAGAAACGUUGGCUAGCAACACAAAUUAAAACUGGAGUCUGAAGACAGGUUUUGCAGAAGAUGCUGUUAAGGACUUUUAGUCACAGUUGAUCUCCACAUGACAAAGGUGUUUUCUCCCCCCCUUCAUCAUCACUUGGCUGCAACUGAAAACAACCAGAAGGCACCGAGCUGUGCCUGAUCAGACUUCCCUGUUCUCUCCCGUCCCCCUUUCWGAAGUUCCUGGGGAAGCUACAAAGCAGCUGGGUCAGUGUUGUAGAAUAGGUGGUGCUAGGACCAGGCUUGCUGAGCUGCCUCCAUGAGGCAAUGCCUUUGCAGAGAAUAAAGAUGAGCAAUGUUGUGCCUAC